UGUUGUAGGCCUUUUGGCCAUCCAUUGUGAUGAAGAAAUGGUUGAAUAUUGCACCUAAAGUGUGUGAUUUUAGUGAAGAUGAAGUUGAUACUGAAACGGAGAGUGAAGAUGAUGCUUGCUCACUCAAAGAUGAAAGAAUGGUUGAAGAUCAUGGACAUCGAAAACCGGGGAAGCUUAAUGAAUGCCACACUCAAACUACAGGGAAGCCUUCGGUUGAGUAUACACCGAGACACAGGAGAGGGAAGUCAGAAACUUUGAGAGCUCAGUAUAUUAACACGAAAGAAGUGAGAGUUACAGUUGGUACUUGGAAUGUAGCAGGAAGACUGCCAGAUGAAGAUCUAGAUAUUGAUGAGUGGAUUUGUAUGCAAGAACCAGCAGAUAUCUAUAUUCUUGGAUUCCAAGAGGUGGUUCCUCUGAAUGCUGGAAAUGUACUGGGAGCAGAAAAUAGAAGGCCAGUUCCGAAAUGGGAGGCGAUCAUACGAAGAACAUUAAACAGGACGGAGGAACCUGAAACUAAGCUCAAGAGUUAUAGUGCUCCGCCUUCUCCAGUUUUAAGGACUUCUUCUGCUGAUGACAUAAUUGCAGAUGUGGUUGAUGCUCCUGAACUGGAUAGAAUGGAAAAUGAGGCAUCAAUCGACACAGCUCUGAUUUUCGAGAAUAAUACUAUCAACUUAGGGAAAAAUCUGCAUGUAAAGAGGAUGUAUGGCAUUGAUUGUGACAGUAGAUUGGAUUGGCCUGAACGUCCACUGGAUGCGGCAUCUCAACUUCUUUCUUCUAAUUUAAAGUUGAGGAGAGUCUUCAGUAGUACCGCGAGAGUUGGUUUUGGUACCGUAGACAAUCAUCUUGCUUUCGACACAACAGGAUUAGACGGUAGAGGGUUAAAAAGGGUGCACCAGAGCUCAGGAAACUUAGGAUUGAUGUCGAUGGAUAAAAAAGAAGAACCUGUAGUUCUUGAUGCACUUUCUGAUGGCCCUGAUCAAUUUUUUGACGAGGAAAAUGACAUGUNUUUGUUUUCAUUUGCAUAA